AUGGAGCAGAGAAUUAGUUCCCCGGAAGUUGGUCCACUGCCGUACCCGCCGGCGUUCUCACAGCAAACUUGGAUUUGGAAUCAGAAACCCAAACGUUUCGUUGGCGGCGAGAUCUCCAAUAUUCUGGUCCCAAAAUAUCCUAGAAGAGCAUGGACUGUAAAGAACUUGGCCGCCAGGCGGAGCCGAUGCAGAAUAUCUCCGGCUGAGAGCGAGUCUGCGCGCUCCGCGGUGGACGUGUGGAGCAUCCAGCCGCCAGACUUCUCUCCCAAACUCUACACGUCCCUCUCAGAUCCCGGGAGGGACAGAAGAUUGUCCCGACGUUCUCAAGCCCGGUCCUCCCUCGACUCAGGCCGUACCCGUGGACGAGAUGUCUCCACGGUUUUGCACGUGAAGCGCGUUGUGGCGGAGGUGUUGGGUCAGGGUGAGACCCACGGCCGGAGGGAGCCCAGGAGGUUCAUCACGUCCUACAAACCUCCGGAUCCUCUUGAAGAGGAGCUGAUGUUUGUCAAACUUGGGAAGUUCCCGCCUUCAGGUCCUUACAGGAACCCCCGACCGCACGACUUCCGACCGCAGGCCGACGACCUUCCAAACAUGGCCGCUGUGACCAAGAAGGACCCCGGCGACCUGGAGUUUAAACUGAACCACCGCGACAUCUUGAGGACUACCAGGUCCGAGUCCGACCGCACCUCUGGAGACCAGAGGAAGACCAUGAUGAAGAUGAACACCUACAGGGCAGUUGAACCAACAUGGGACCUGCGUCUUCUACUGCCCAGGACACAAUGGCCGCCCAGAUCAGCCUCCUUUACGAGACACCGACGGAGCCGAUCUGUGUACAGCGCCUUCAUGGAGCGGGUGGAGGUGAAGCUGUCGAGGUCCUGGACUCACAACCCUGGCUAGCACCACUCUGGGCUUCCGAUGUAUCCACUCUGUAUGUUCUGUGACUGCAUUAACAGACGUUUCUGUUACCUAUCUCUGUA